CCUUCGUUUUGCGCCUCUGAAGUGAAAUGGCUGGGCUGAUCAAUUUCGAGGAUGAAGAGGAGGUGAAGGGCUAUUUGGAAAAUCUGGGGGUGGAAUUCAGUUUUCAGUGCUACAAGGAGAAGGAUCCUGACGGUUGUCAUCGUCUGGCUGAUUACCUAGAGGGGGUGAAGAAAAAUUUUGAGGGAGCUGCCAAGGUACUGAAGGAGAAUUGUGAAAACAGUGAGCACAGUGAGAGUUGCUACAAACUUGGAGCUUACUAUGUAAAUGGGAAAGGUGGUCUCCCAAUAGAUCUAAAAACUGCCUAUAGCUGCUUUUUGAAGUCUUGCGAGAAAGGUGGCAAGAAAUCCAGAGAGGCUUGUCACAACGUUGGACUACUGGCACAUGACGGGCGAGGAAAUGAUGAUGAGAAGCCUAAUGUCUCUCUGGCCAGAGACUAUUACAGCAAAGCUUGUGAUGGUGGUUUUGCCCCCAGCUGCUUUAACCUUAGUGCUAUAUACCUUCAGGGAGGCUCUGGGGUAUCAAAGGACAUGAGCCGGGCUUUGGAGUAUUCUCUGAAAGCGUGUGACUUACAACACAUAUGGGCGUGUGCCAACGCUAGCCGAAUGUACAAACUGGGAGAUGGUGUGGAGAAGAAUGACGCGAAGGCAGAGGCCUUAAAGAACAGGGCAAUGAGUCUGCACAAGGAGCAACAGGCGGGUUCAAAGUCCUUAACAUUUGGGGAAUAAAUCCGGACAAGUGAAGUACAAUCUUCUCAAGACACUUGUUAAAUGGUGCCCAAAUUUAGGCUGUGGAUCAAUUCU